CCGAUCCCUGGGUCUCCAUGCUUGCCUGCGUGCCCUGGCUAAGCUGCCUAGCUAACCACCCACCUUCCCCACCAGCCUCCAGCUUGCUUACCUUCACUCUUCGGACUGAAUCCCGAGCCACAACACCUGCCUUCCUCCACGUGCUGAAAUUCCUGCAAUCGAUUUCAUCCGCUAGCAACUGAAUCUGCCUGCCUGCAAUCAAUCUCAUUGGUGAGCAACUGAAUCUGCCUGCCUUGUCCCUUCAUUUGGCACGCCAGAUGGGGCUCCUAGAAAACUGACCAAUGGAUCUGGCCUGGGUAAGCCUCCACCUUGCUGGCAGCAGACACCUUGUGUCUGCAAGUGUGUGUCGGACCUUGGCCAUUUGGAGCAAGGGUAAUAAAGGGAGCUUUGAGCUCAUCAGCUGCUUGAAAAGAAGAUUCUACACAAGCCCAAAAGGUUCUGCACAUGCGAAGAAGCACCGUGCGCAAGCGAAGUGAGCAUACGCACACACGCAGUCCCAGUUCCGAACCGGUGGCGAAGGUCCUCCUCUUAUAAGCUGCCUUCUCCUGCCUUCUCCACUCAAUCAUGGAGUAUUUAAGAAGAGCUUUUGAAGAGUUUGAUCCUAAGUUACUCGAACGCCCAAAUCUGGUGGAAGUUGAAGGAACUUCUUUACUUGAUAAUACUGCUGCAAACCUGGAGCUCUUAAGGAAUUUUAAAGCCCAGCCUGACGACCUUCUCAUUUGCACUUAUCCCAAAGCAGGGACUACCUGGGUGCAAGAAAUAGUUGAUAUGGUGCAGCAUGGAGGAGACAAACAGAAAUGUGCAAGGGCUCCCAUAUAUGAACGGAUUCCCUUCAUAGAUUUGUUUCAUAUGACACCCACAUCUUCAGGUUUGGAAAUGGCAGAGGCAAUGCCUUCCCCGCGCACCCUGAAAUCUCACCUUCCGGUCCAGCUUCUACCACCUUCCUUCUGGGAACAGAAUUGCAAGGUCAUUUAUGUAGCUAGGAAUGUUAAGGACACCAUUGUUUCCUACUUCCACUUUCACCACAUGAAUCAGAGGAUGCCGAAGCCAGAGAACUGGGAUCAGUUUGUAGAGAACUUCCUUACAGGAAAGGUUGCCUGGGGCUCUUGGUUUGAGCAUGUAAAAGGCUGGUGGGAGGCUAAGGACCGUCACCCAAUCCUGUAUCUCUUUUAUGAAGACAUAAAAGAAGAUCCAACCAGAGAAAUCCAGAAGAUCGCUCACUUCCUCAACUUUGAACUUCCAGAUCCAAUUCUGAAGGAGAUCACUGAACAUACAAAGUUUGAAACAAUGAAAAGCAAUCCCAUGGCCAAUUACCUCACCAUGCCUGCCUUCGUGAUGAACCAAGCCUUGUCCCCCUUCAUGAGAAAAGGUGUUGUAGGAAACUGGAAGGAGCAUCUUACUGUGGCUCAAAACGAAAAGAUAGAUGAAAUCUCUUCCCGGUUAUUAGCAGGCAGUGGCCUGGUCUUCCGUACUGAGCUGUAAAUCUUCACACUUGAGAAUAAUGUAAUUAGCACCUGCCUGUAUCAUUUGGUGUGUUCAAUAAAAAAAGCUAUUGAAAUAUC